AUGCCAUUCUUUGUGAUGGUAAAAACGUUGGUCGGCUGCAUCGUAUGCCUGAUAACGGCGAAGGUCGCAGAGCCUAGAUGGCGGCCGAUCACGAAGCCAACGUCCAAACAGCACAACGUCUACAUCCCAGAAGACCUGGGAAAGGAAUCUCUCAUAAACAUGAAAGUGCCGAACAACGCGUUCUGCUCCAAAAUGUAUAAAAUGUCCCUCGGGCAGUACAUAAUAUUGCCUUGGUGGUACAACCUUUGCGAAGGUCUGAGGGAGAGAAGCGAAAUAAAGCGAAGCGAAAACUACAACAGGCACAGGUGGGCUUUAAAAUGGCUAAAUGAAUACAGGAAGAGUGGAAGUACUGUGCCUACGACGGUUAGGCUAGUCUUGGCUCACACGAAGAGAUUA